AUGGUGACUUCGGAGAAAAGUGCAAUUGUUGUUGCACUGUUGUGCAUGUGCUUUGUUGUGACCCAUGCAUGCGACGGAAAUGGUGUGAGAUUCGGGUACAGUGGGAGAACUGGCCCGGAACAUUGGGGGAGCUUAAGUCCUAAUUUCACCGUUUGCUCAAAAGGAAUCUACCAGUCUCCAAUUGACAUCGUCAGAGAUGGUGCCGUACACGACCCAGGAAUGGAGCCCCUAGAGAGGGAUUAUACUUCUACUAAUGCUUCAAUGGUUGACAACGUCUUCAACAUUGCGCUGCGAUACAAUGACACUGUUGGGACUGUCAAGGUGGAUGGGAAGAAGUACAAACUGAAGCAACUGCAUUGGCACUCUCCCUCAGAACAUACCAUCAAUGGCCAAAGAUUCGCGGUAGAGCUCCACAUGGUUCACUCCACCGAUGAUGGUGACAUUACUGUUGUGUCAAUCCUUUAUCGUUACGGAAAACCAGAUCCUUUCCUUCACCAGAUAAAGGAUAAGUUGGCUGAAUUGUCUGCGGAGGGCUGCAAAGCUGAGAAAGGUGAUCCUCUCCCCGUUGGGGUGGUGAAUAUGAGGGAACUAAUGCAGGGUGCACAUAGGUAUUUCAGAUAUGUUGGAUCUCUCACCGCACCACCAUGCACAGAGAAUGUGAUCUGGAACAUUCUUGGCGAGAUAAAAGAAAUGACAAAGGAUCAGGCUGCUACUUUGAUGGCUCCUUUGAAGGGGAGUUACAAGCACAACUACAGGCCGCUACAAUCACUGAAUGGUCGUGCCGUACACCUCUAUGACAGGUCACGCAAUGUUCCAAAUAUUCUUUAGCCAACUGAAGUUCGUGGUGAACUAUUUUGCUUGGUACCAAUCCAGAACAAUGAAAGAAGCGUAAGGUGACAUGAUAGAUUGCAAUAAAAUGUAGCUCGUGGCAU